AUGAGUUUAUCAGUUUUUACUCCAGUCCCUAUAGAAAGUUUUGUUAUUACCCCAAAAAUGGCUAGUCAAUCUGAAGAAGAUUUGAAUGAAAAAAUAAGUUAUUCUCGUUUUGUUUCAUAUCAAUGGAAUGAUGAAAUUACUAUUUUUGUGAUGUUAAAAUAUAAAAAAUGGCAGUUAUCACAAAGAAAAUAUAAGACAUUGAAUGAAUUUUUAAAAGAAUGUUCUGAAUGUCUUACCACAAAUUUUCAUUUUAAAAAAUCACCAACACAAAUAAGAGAUAAAAUUAAUAAUACCAAAUCAUCAUAUGCUAAUAUUAUUAAAAAAUCAUCUGCUCAAUUCUCUAAAGAAAAAAAUUUACCAUUAACAAAAAAAUUAUUUGAUUUUAUGAAUAUUUAUUUUAAUGGUAAAUAUGUCAUUUCAAUUGACACAUUAGAAGAACAAAUUUCUUUAUUAAUGAGAAAAUUUAUGAGUCAUGUUAAUACUUCUUCUCAACUAAAAAAUGCUAUUUUAAAAAUGAAAACUUAUCAUUAA